GAUCUUACGUUGGCGAGCGUACACAUGGAGGACUGUCCUGCCGGCGGGCUGCAGCUAUCCGGAGGAUCAAUGAAGACAAAUUUAAACAUUAUUUCUGGCUCGGUCAGUUUCCAGAUAUGUCUUCGUUUCUGAAAGACUAGAAUACGAGCUCCUGCUCUCCCCCGACUUUAACCGCUCUCUCAGCCUCGUUGCAGCGCCUGCGGCUGUGAGCCUACCGGUCAGGCUCAUGCACACGCGGAGCACAUGGAGGAUUGCAGCACCUCACGUUGGAUCAUACGGUGACACGGCGCCAAUGAACGGUGAAAGCAGCGGCACAGGGCCGCUGGCGCUGGCGGGGUGUUUGGGAAAAAUUGAAGACAGAGAAGAGGUCAGUGGAGACUGCCCUUGGUGUUCUGUGAAAGGACAGACCAGUGCUCUUCGCUCAUACGCGAUCAACUUUAAAGAAUACAUUACGCUCUGUAGCAGUCCUCUGUGCCUUUUUCCUCUGGUCAGCAGACCACUGGAGGAUGUUCGUGCCCACCUUUUCUCAGCAGAAGAUAUAAAGACCUCUAAGAGGAAGUCUCACUUGUCUGAUUCUGAAGAUCCUAAUCCAUCCCCAAAACGGCAGAAAAAAGAAGAGUGUGAUGUGUCUGAGCCCGGUGAUUGCAGGGUGUCCACUGAGUUAUUUGAAGAGGAGCUGUUUGCUAAUGGUCAUGAGGAGAAGGGAGAGGUUGGAAAUGAUGUCAAGAAGACAUGCACUGCCCCAACUGCCAGCAAUGAGGACUCAGAAUUGUCUGAUUCAGCGCAAACUGAGGAUUACGUAUCCAGCACUCAGGAUGAGGCUGGAGAGGUGCCGCUGCAUGUAGCUACACAGGAUUUAAAAGAAAUGGUACCUUCCCAGUUACACUUAUUCUGGAGAAAUAAGGACAAUCUAUGUUGGUUAGAUUCAUUGCUGGUAGCGCUUGUGCACUUAAGCGUAUUCAGCAAAGCUCCUUGUGAGAAUGUAAGUCUGACUGACCACUUGUCCAGCAAAAAUUGUACUGUGGGGAACCUGUGCGCAAGGUACAGGAAGACCUGUUCAUAUCUUAAAUCCAAGGAGCAAAAGUGCCAAGUAGGAAAUGUUGCGCAUGUCCCAUUAGAUGUGCUGAGAAAAGCAGAGCAGGAGCUGGAAGUCCUCCAGCUGUCUGUUUUUCAGCUCCUUCAGCCAAAGCUGCAGUGUGAACUGGGUCAGAAAGAGACGCCUGUCUUUGCCCUCCCCCUUCUCCUCAACACAGAUGAGUGGGCUCAUAGUCUCUUUCAGCAUACGGGUCUAUGGGAAUUUAAGUGCACAUCCUGUCAUUAUACUCUCAAUACCAGUGUGGAGAAGACUCUAACAACAUUUACACAGCUUACAGCUGAUUGGCACCCCCUCAGAGCGGUCCACAGAGCACAGUGUAGUAACUGCCGUCAUAAGAAGCAGAGGAGGAAAUUGGUUUUCCAGAGGUUAUCUCCUGUGCUUGCUCUACACUUUGUGGAGGGUCUCCCAAGGAGGGAUAUCUCUCGAUACUCAUUUGAUUUCCAAGGCACACACUAUGCCAUCAAGACUAUUAUACAGUACAGUGAGCAACUGGAGCACUUUGUCACAUGGAUUCAACAACCUGAUGGAUCAUGGCUAGAAUUUGAUGAUUUAAAGUACCCUAACUGUGUAACCCACAAGCGGUUUACACUCCCAGCCAGUCAGUUCCACCUUGUCUUCUGGGAGGCAGAGUCCAGAAAUGAUUCCCAACUUCCUGAGUCAGUCCCUGAAGAGCACACCCCUAUUGUGGAGAACAGCAACAAGAGUGUCUGCUUACAAGAUGUGACAAAUUCUCUAACCAAUGACACAUGUAUCUUAGAGGCCUUGACUGUAAAUGAAGACAAGAAUGAGGCUGUCAGUAGCUUGGAUUCUUCCAUAGGCAGUACAACACUACUUGAUACAUUUGAAGGACUUUCUCAUAGUGAUAUAGUCACCCUCACAUUGGUUGAAGUGAAAGUAGAUGUUGAGGGAAAGCCUCUUCCAAAUCCUCAGGAAACAGUAACACAGCCUGUUGAAUCUAGUGUCACUGAAUCAUCUGCACUACAAGUGAAAACCUCUGUUUGUCAAUCUCCAUCCCUUCCGAAACACAAGAUAAGUGAUGUUGAGCAUGUUUCCUCUAAACCUGUAGUGCCAGACAUGAUUCUACCCUCUGUAGUGAAGACUUCAGCUCCAGCGCCAGAAGAACGUCCUCAAUUGAGCAAGCGUCUUCCUACCCUUUUCCCUUCCAAACCUAGUGUCUCCAACCUGUCAUUCUUAUUGAACAGGCAUUCUUUGCUCCAGUCUACCCCUUCAAGAGUACCCAUUACUGCCCCACAACCAAAGCCUGACUUAAGAUGUGAGGGUAAUGAGGCCCUUCCAGCUAAGCCUGCUGACCUUUUUGGUGGCUUUAGAGCCAAAACUUCUCCAAACCCUGUUCUUCCAGGAGGAGUUUUGAGGCAGCCGUUGGCAAAGCUAUCUGGUGCUCAACCCACCGUUCUAAUUCCACAAAAGCCUAUAAUUCAUUCAGGUGGCACAACUGCUCCUGUUCAGGCAUCUGAAAUAAUAAGGUCAGUUGGUAAGAAAACCAUGGAUCUGUCAGCAGCCAGGCCUUCUUUGUCAACCACUGACGUCCUGAGACUGAAGCUGAUGAAGAAGCUCAAGGCCAAGAAGAAGAAGCUGGCGAAGCUAAAUCAGCUGCUGGGGAAAUCUGAAGGAGAGUUCGCUCCCAGACCGGACAGCACUGAUCUCAACUCUCCAUACUCCGUCACCUCCAGCACAUCAGUCUAUGACAGCCCAGGGUAUGACAAUUUCAUUGCUGAGCUUCUGUCUCCUGCUACAACCAGCAGCAACCUAUCACCUGAUAGCACAGGCCUCCUGGAGAUGCUAACCAACAGUCAGGGUGGUGAAACAUCAGACAGCAGGCCUCAGGACAGCAAGGAAGACUUUUCAGCCUUCAUGCUCCCAGAGCCUCCUGUGAAUGACCCUUCCUCCACCAGUGAUGACUUUCUUGAUGAACUCAUCUCAGGAUCAGGGGGGCAACAACCUGUGAUUGAGAACACUGAUUUUAAUGCACUGGACAUGUUCUUUUGAUCACUGUGAUUUGUCCUCAGGUUUCAUGUUCUGGAACCAGUCUAGGAUCGGAUACCCCUUAACUAGAUUGUUUUUUAGAUUAUAUGAAAGCAGAAAGUGGUCUCUUCGAUAUUCUAUAUUUGACAUCAGGGCCUUGUACACAUUGCUGUAUAGCCAUUCAAAUGAGGUGAGGUUGCAUUUGUUAAAUAGUUGGAUUUGUAAAGGGAGACUUUAUCCUCAAUCAUGGCUCAUUGUUCUCAGAGCAUUUAUAUUUCAUACUUGAAGAGUACUUUAGUGGUUUGGAUUGAUUUGAGUUGAUGUAGAAAAUUCUAAUUUGCUGUCCAAAGCAUGCUUGAAGUACAUGUAAAGUUUGUAUAGAUUUGUACAAUUUUGUAAAGCAUAAUAAAUUAGGGAUUUCUUUA